UGUUCCAGGGGAGACGAGGUCUCUUGCAGGGGAGUCCCCUAAUUAUUUAAAAAUUAUAAUUUUUUUUUAUUUUAAGGAGGAGCUCCGGGCAAGGGCGUGUUGGGCGUCUCCGUGGCUGGUUCUGUUCUGGACAGAACGGACGGAGUGGCUCGGGGUCCCCUGGCAGGCCAGCUUGGGAGUCAUGAUGGGGCUAUCGCGGAGGGGAAGUGACACAGAGGCGCUGGGAGGGAGACAGAAAGCCCGGGCCUGAGUGUUUCUUGCGGAGAAAUCGUCCAUUCUGCCAAAGGCCCUUUAGCUAAGUUGUGGGGUCCUCGGCGGCCCAGCGCUGCCAGGCUGGGGCAGGGUGCAAGGGGGUGACGGGUGGGCAUGGGUGGGCAUGGAGAGAGGCUAUUUCUGCAGAGAGAACGGUAGCUCCCUCCGGGGCCUGCAGAGCGACCAGGGGCUCUUUUGUUUUGUAAUAAUGUUUGUUGUUAUUUCUGUUCCCAUCCAUGGGCACAACUUCCACCCCCGUGGAGGGUGCAGCGAGCUUUCUGCAGCCGCUGGGACCGCCCGGGGGUUCCUCGGGAAUCGCGCUGCGGAGACGCCCCCGGCGGCAGCAGGAAAGGAGAGCCGGGCCUGCCCAGCCCUGAGCCGGGAGCAGCGCCGGCCUUUGGGAGGAGAGAGCAUGUCUGCGGGAGGCUGCGGGAGGAGCACUGGGCGGGUGCACUUCCUUCUUCUUGAACCAGGAGGACGGGCCCUUCUCUGGGGACGGACAGUGGCCGAUGCCCUUGGCAUUUUGGAGGCGAUUCUUCUUCCUGUUGCGUUUGUCCAGCAGCAGGGCACACCUCCCCCACGCUGGCUCCGGGUGCUGGUUGCCACAGUCCAGGUUAAGAAGGAAAGGGCAAGGGCCAGAUUCCGUUUGGGGCUUUCUCCUGGCUCCAGCUCACCCACAACAGCUCUGCCAAGAACCGAUUUCACGUGUGCCCUGGUGAGUGCCAGGCCCACCGUGGUGCCUGACCCACAGCACCCAACUCGAGCUCAGGACCAGCCCCAGGCUCCACCCUGUGACUCAGCUCCAGGCCCCGCUCAGCACCCGGAGAGGCGGUUGUGUGACUCCUUCCAUGUGGCUCAAUAUGACUCUGUCGCCCGGUGGGCGUGGCUCAGUGGUUGAGCAUCAACCUACGCACCAAGAGGUCACAGUUCGAUUCCCGGUCAGGGUACGUGUCCAGGUCUCAGGCUUGAUCCCCAGCGUGGGCCGUGCAGGA